AGCCCCACUCCCUGCCUGAGACACCCGCUGAAGUCACCGACCACGAGACCCCAAGCCCCAGAAACAGGCCAGCAAGUGACCUGCCAUGGAAGGUGCCGAUACCUCCAGGAGCAAUGGGGCCAGCCCGGAAGCCAGGGACGCCCGCAGCCCAUCGGGUCAAAACGGCAGCCUGGAGAAUGGCACUAAAGCAGACAGCAAGGAUACCAAGACAACCAACGGGCACAGUGGGGAGGUGACGGAGGGCAAGACCCUGGGCAGUGCCCUGAAGUCAGGGGAGGGGAAAAGUGCCCUGUUUUCCAGCAAUGAGUGGCGCAGGCCUAUCAUCCAGUUUGUGGAGUCCGUGGACGACAAGGGCUCCAACUACUUCAGCAUGGACUCUGCGGAAGGCAGAAGAUCUCCUUAUGCGGGGCUCCAGCUGGGAGCUUCCAAGAAGCCGCCUGUGACCUUUGCUGAGAAGGGGGAGCUGCGAAAGUCCAUCUUCUCUGAGCCCCGCAAACCCACGGUGACCAUUGUGGAGCCAGGGGAGGUCCGCAGGAAUAGCUAUCCCAGGCCAGACUCCGGCCUCCUGCUGCGGUCUAAGUCUGGCUCCGAGGAGGUGCUGUGCGACUCCUGCAUCGGUAACAAGCAGAAGGCUGUCAAGUCCUGCCUGGUGUGCCAGGCUUCCUUCUGUGAGCUGCAUCUGAAGCCCCACCUGGAGGGCGCCGCCUUCCGUGACCACCAGCUGCUCGAGCCCAUCCGGGACUUCGAGGCCCGAAAGUGCCCCUUGCAUGGCAAGACCAUGGAGCUCUUCUGCCAGACCGACCAGACCUGCAUCUGCUACCUCUGCAUGUUCCAGGAACACAAGAACCACAGCACUGUGACGGUGGAGGAGGCCAAGGCUGAGAAGGAGACCGAGCUGUCGCUGCAGAAGGAGCAGCUGCAGCUGAAAAUCAUUGAGAUUGAAGAUGAGGCUGAGAAGUGGCAGAAGGAGAAGGACCGGAUUAAGAGCUUUACCACCAAUGAGAAGGCUAUCCUGGAGCAGAACUUCAGGGACCUGGUGAGGGACCUGGAGAAGCAAAAGGAGGAAGUGAGAGCCGCGCUGGAGCAGCGGGAGCAGGAUGCUGUGGACCAAGUGAAAGUGAUCGUGGAUGCUUUGGACGAGAGGGCCAAGGUGCUGCAUGACGACAAGCAGACCCGAGAACAGCUGCACAGCAUCAGUGACUCGGUGCUGUUUCUGCAGGAAUUUGGUGCACUGAUGAGCAAUUACUCCCUUCCCCCACCUCUGCCCACCUACCAUGUCCUGCUGGAGGGAGAGGGUCUGGGACAGUCACUUGGCAACUUCAAGGAUGACCUGCUCAAUGUGUGCAUGCGCCAUGUUGAGAAGAUGUGCAAGGCUGAUUUGAGCCGCAACUUCAUUGAGAGGAACCAUAUGGAGAAUGGUGGUGACCAUCGCUACAUGAACAGCUACACAAGCAGCUACGGGAGUGAGUGGAGCAUGCCUGACACCAUGAAGAGAUACUCCAUGUACCUCACACCCAAGGGUGGGGGCCGGACAUCUUACCAGCCAUCAUCGCCCAGCCGCCUCUCCAAGGAGACCAACCAGAAGAAUUUCAACAAUCUGUACGGUACAAAAGGUAACUACACCUCCAGAGUCUGGGAGUACUCGUCCACUGUUCAGAGCUCUGAGGACCUGCCCACUGUGCAAGGCAACUCCUCCUUCUCUCUGAAAGGCUAUCCCUCCCUCCUCCGGAGCCAGGCUUCCAAGGCCCAGCCUCAGACUUGGAAAUCUGGCAAGCAGACUUUGCUGUCUCACUACCGGCCAUUCUACGUCAACAAAGGCAGCGGGAUGGGAUCCAACGAGGCCCCCUGAGUUCAGCAUGGAGCCCCGCAACCCCGUUCUCCUGUCACUCCUGCUUUCCAAGCUGCUGCGCUCUUGCAGGGCAGGAGCCCCGCCCCACUCUGCCCUCCCACAGCCUCUGGCAGCCCCCUACCCCACCCCAGAGCACUCUGGCUUCCUCUGCUCCCCUAUGGGUUCCUUUUCUGCUUGAUGACAUACAGUCACUGUGAUUCCUAUGUGCGAGGCCAAGUUACCUACCACAGGGUGAGAGACAGUUGGGCUCCUUUCUUGUAAACCUCUCCCAAAG